ACACGGUACACGGGCACGUGUUUACUUGCAUAUUCCAGCAACUGCGUCAGUAACAAAUUUCGAAAUAAACGAAGGGAAAAAGGGAAGAUCACAACACACCCAUGGAGCACGAAUCCGCUGGCGUCAGCUCCCUGGGCGACAGCAGCAGCCAGAGCAACGUACCCAAUGCCGUCAUCCUCUGCUGCGAGUGUGCCGUUCCCAUCCAACCGAAUCCAGCCAACAUGUGCGUCACUUGUCUGCGCAAUCAUGUGGACAUAACUGAGAACAUACCCAAGCAGGCGGUGCUGCACUUUUGCCGCAACUGUGAGCGCUACCUACAGCCACCCACCGAAUGGAUUCAGGCCUCCCUCGAGUCCCGCGAGCUGCUCGCGCUCUGCCUGAAAAAGCUGAAGGGCCUCAAAGAGGUGAAGCUCGUCGAUGCAGGCUUCAUAUGGACCGAACAGCAUUCAAAGCGCAUCAAGGUGAAGCUCACAGUGCAUGGCGAGAUCGUCGGCGGCACUGUGCUCCAGCAGGUCUUUGUCGUGGAGUUCACGGUGCAGAAUCAAAUGUGCACCGACUGCCACCGCACCGAGGCAAAGGACUUUUGGCGCUGCCUGGUGCAGGUGCGGCAGCGAGCGGAGAACAAGAAGACAUUCUACUACCUGGAGCAGCUCAUACUCAAGCACAAGGCGCACGAGCACACGCUGGGCAUCAAGCCGGAGCAUGGCGGCCUGGAUUUCUACUACGCAAACGAGAAUCAUGCACGCCGCAUGGUGGACUUUCUGCUGACACAGGUGCCCGGCAAGGUGACCACCUCGAAGCGGCUCAUCUCGCACGACAUACACAGCAACAACUACAACUACAAGUACUCGUGGUCCGUCGAGCUGGCGCCCGUGUCUAAGGACAGCGCCGUUUGCCUGUCCAAGAAGCUGCGCCACCAGCUGGGCAACCUGUCGCCCGUUUGCCUGGUGAAUCGCGUGUCCAGCAGCAUACAUCUGAUCGAUCCCCUCACAGCACAGAUUGCAGAGCUAACUUCGCAGGUUUACUUUAGGGCACCCUUUGAGGCUGUGUGCAAUCCCAAGCAGCUGGUGGAGUACAUCGUCAUGGACAUUGAGGUGAUUAUGGAGAAGGAUCGCAAAACGUACCCGGGCCAGGGGCAGCUGUCGUUCAAGCACGCUCUGUGUGACAUUUGGGUGCUGCGCUCCUCGGAGCUGGGCAUCAACGACAACCCCAUACACACACGCUCCCAUCUGGGGCACCUGCUGAAGGUGGGCGACUCCGUCAUGGGCUACAACACGGGCGAGGCGAACAUCAAUGAUCCAGAGUUUGAGAAGCUGCCCGCAGACCUCGUGCCGGAUGUGGUGCUGGUGCGCAAGCAUUACGAUCGCCAGACGCGCCUCAGCCAGCGGCUGUGGAAGCUCAAGCACUUGGCGGCGGAGGCGACGGAUGAGCGCAGCAAGCACGACUACCACGAGUUCCUCGACGAUCUGGAGGAGAACGUGGACAUGCGCGGACAGGUGAACAUCUACCGGGACACAAACAAGACGCUGCCCAGCGAGUCGCAGCCAGCCAGCGGCGAUGUGCCACAGAUCACGCUCGAGGAGAUGCUGGAGGACAUGACGCUGGAGUGCGCCGACGAUGAAAUGGGCGAUGCAGAGCCAGAGCCCGAGCCCGAGCUUUAGGUUUCUUUUUUGCUUUACAUGUAUUUUUCUUUGUAUAAUUACAAACUAAAAGGAAUCCUUGCUAAACA